UUUCCCUUCGUACAAAAGGAGAGCUAUUAGAACUCUUCUCAUAAACGAGAAACACAUGUCUACACAACCAUAAAUUGAUAGAACAGCUAAAACUUCAUCUAAAAACAACCGCGCGGACCUUCAAAAUUUAUAGUACAUCACAGUUUAAUUGAUUUUGCAGUGGCUUUUUGAUUCCUAAAAUCUGGAUCAAAGGCAUAUUAUUCAGAUGGAGCAUGCCAAUAACAACGGAAGCAACUUGGCAAACCAUGAAGUCCUAAACGAUUACUUAGAAAAAGUAGUGCGAGAUUUCAAUGAGUUCCGGAGAAGGUUAGGGGCAAAUAGGACUGGUGCUAUGACGCUUGAAGAGCUUAUCGACAUAUUUAUAACCGGUGGAGUGAACUCACCUGGAGAUUUUAACGAGUCUGGAAGCAUGGUGCCUCCACAUCAGGAUCAAUCUGCUGCUCAUGGCCUCAACUUCAACACGGAAGUUUACUUAACUGACAUUUUGCCUGAUGAAAUAACUGUGGACCUGAACCAAAAUGACACUGGAAGUCUCGACUAUCCAACUGUGAACACAAACCCCGGUGAGGGAGCAGGAGGCAGUGAUAGCAGAGUGACGCGCAUAAGAUACGGUGACCUCAAGUGUCACGGGGUGGCUGAUCAGAUUAUUGGCAGUUCUAGCGCUGAAACUGUGUUUCACUCGGUCAUGAAGUCUUUCAGAACUCCACGUGCAGGAAGGAAGAACUUGUGGAAGCAGGAACACGUUAAGAAAAAUGGCAAUGGGACUACUAGCAGGAAAUACAUCAAGAAGAAAUAUAAAGAGAUAACAUGCUCACCAGAUGGAAACAACAACGACAACAACAACAUUAAAGAACAAUGAGGUGGUGCUAAAGGCUAAAGCACAUGCAUAGAGACAGGUUCUGUAAGGUUACGAGAAGAUCAAUCUACCUCCACAACCACUGGGAAGGACCAUCUCAGAUCCUGAACAAGUCUCAUUCAUGGACAAUAAUAAAAAGUGUCAGUGAGGAGAACUGCACUUGUAUAUUAUGACUUGAGAGUCAUUAUUGUACAAAUUAUCUAGGAUGCAAUACAUUGGAAUGAAAAGAACAUAACAAACAGUAGCCAACUUUGAGUUACACAUGAUAAAUAAGUGCUUAGAUCUUACGAGUAUUUAAAAGAGUUCAAGUUUAAUGAUACAGAAGAGGUGUCCCUCUUCCUUUAUCUUGAGAAAACCUGCACUUGCAAUUUAAGGACUUCAGCAAUAAAUAAUCAAAAACUGACAGCCCGGAAGGGUUUUUACAUGCAUUAUAUGCUCCACUAAUAGCCAAAUUAUCGCCUCAACUUAAAACUACCCUUUAAACAGCAUUUAGCUUAGCAGUCAGACCAAAAGAAAUGCCAUUACAAACAUGUAGGCCAAUUGGCUAUUUGGCUUUACUUAACUAACACCUAUUAAACAGCCCAUGAUGAGAGCAACCUUUUCCUA